UCUUCUCAAGCCAUGGAUUGGAACCAGUCCCAAAUGCGUGAAGGAGACAAAGCUGAGAGCAGUUUUCGUUCUAUGCUUCAAGAAGAUUUGAGUAGUUCAAAUAGCAAUUUUCAUCAAGAAACUGGUACAGCAUCUUCUCAAGAUCAUUGGAGGGAGAAAUUAUAUUCUGCAGGUUCUGAGGAUUCAAAUGCGAAUGAAUACAAGCAAAUCAACCGGGUUUAUUCUUUAGAUAGCUCCGGUGAAACUGAAAGCAGUACAAUUACAUCCCAGCAGGGUUUUCCGGCGGAUUCAGCUGCCUAUGGCCUUCUGUUAUCUGAAAAUCAGCCACAGCAUUCGACAUACGAAAACCGGCCCAUGAAUUUUCCGUAUCCAAUGAACUACGGAUCGAACACAGGUGAAUGGACGCCUUCUUGGAACAAAUUUCCUCAGACAUUCUUAAGAACAACAGUGCCUCAAAAACAGUCUCCUGGUAAUAUAUAUUUCACCAAUAAAACUCCCUUCUGGAAUGCAUCCGAUGAUGUUCGACCGAGCUUCUUUUCUUCGUUGCCAACGCCAAUUCCUACACCGGCCUUAGAUGAAAAACCAAAGAAUACAUUAGAAAUUCGGGAUUUGGGUACAACAGCAAAGAAAACAAGCACUCAAGCAUCAAAUAAAAGACCAAGGAAUGAAACGCCAUCACCUUUGCCAGCUUUUAAGGCGAGAAAAGAGAAGAUGGGAGACAGAAUCACUGCCCUUCAACAAUUAGUUUCACCUUUUGGAAAGACUGAUACGGCUUCUGUGCUUUCUGAAGCUAUUGAAUACAUAAAAUUUCUACAUGAACAAGUUGGGGUUUUAAGUACGCCAUACAUGAAAAGUGGAUCUCCAAUACAACUCCAGCAGAAUUCUGAUAAAUCCAAGGUUCCUGAACAAGGACCACGACAAGAUCUUAGAAGUCGAGGGCUAUGUUUAGUACCGAUUUCGAGCACUUAUCCGGUUACUCACGAAUCAUCAGUCGAUUUUUGGACCCCGACAUUCGGAGGAACUUUCCGAUAAGGCAACAUUAGCCGUAAUUUUAUGCAACUGGCUUAUUUGAAACCCUACCUAGCAAAGAAUAGGAAUAUCGAUAAGAUAGGAGAAGUGUGGACCUCCUGACUUUGUGCCAAAGAAAGAAGGAUAAAGGAAAAAGGUAUAUGCCCCGGUUAAAAGAUGGAACAGUGUUGGGCCAUCUACAGGCAAAAUGAUGCAGCUUUGGCUACAAUUAGGAUAGGGUUCUUUGUAUGCAAAUAUAUUCUUGUAAUAAUUGAUGAAUUAUGAUUAAUGUUUGGUUAGCUAGGAUUAGAAUAGAAAACAUUAAUUUGUUGUCUGUAACUGAAUUUGAUUAGCACAAAGGGAAAGGAUAAAAGGAGCUUUUGUAGCAGGCCUGUAUUUGUUGUUUUUAUAUUGCAUAAAGCUGGCAUUUAACUUUA